GCAGAGCGCUCUGACGGCGGUGAAAGCACAUAUAACGGAAUGGUAUCGUGACGAGUGCGGACGGAUGAGAGGCAACGGAAACUUUGGCAAACGUAGUCGAUCUAACGAGAACGGUAUUUUUGCUUAUCGAGAAAAGAUACGCCUCGUCGUCUACGCGCGAUCACCGUGAGUUUUCGCGUCGUCGUCGCGUUCGCGGUAUAGGUUAUAAACGGCGCGCGCGUAAGAUCGGGCUAACAACCGAAUCCAAAGAGAGAGAGAAAGAAAGAAAAUACGUGUGUACGGUUUAUAUAUCGAUCUUUUGUUAUUUUCACGCGAAGCGUGCACGCGAGCAGGUAGAGUGACAGAAAGAGAGAGAGGGGGGAGGAGAAAUGUGUGUUUAGCGAAAGUGCACCGAACCCCCGACGUGAUCUACGAGGAACGCGCGACGUUUAAUUGCAGAGAUAAUUGUUGCCGUAUCUUCCGCUAUUAAUUAUGACGACUCUAGAAUCAGACGAGAGCCAUGUCGAUAAAAUGCCGCAUGUGGAAUGGAGCAAAACGACCUCCGGAUUGGCAGGAUGUAUGUUCCCCGAUGGACUGAAUCCCCUAGAAUGUCAGAUGGCCGGCCACUUCUUCGACGGUGAUAGACACACUAUUGGCAUGUUGGUAUGCAGACGGACUGGACAUGUAUUGAAACCGGCGACUAAAGCGAUCAUCGGGGAAAGAGAAAUUGCAUUCUACGAGGACUUGAAGAAUUCCCAUGAUGCCACGAUAGUGCAACUAAAAAAAUUCGUUCCAUGCUAUUUUGGCACAACAGAACUACAAGUCUUUAACAAACGUACGAAGUUUCUCAAGCUUAAGGAUAUCACGGAGGGCAUGGCAGAACCAUGUGUGAUGGAUAUCAAGAUUGGCCGUCGCACGUGGGAUCCUUUAGCCACGCCAGAGAAGAGGGCAACGGAAGAAAUCAACAAUGAAACUUUCUUGAACAUAACACCUGAGAGGCCAGCCUGUCGGCAGUUGAUCUUCGCACUGUUGUCACUCCUGGGGAGAAUCAUGCUGUUCUUCCGUAUACAGCGGAAAUAUCGCUUCUACUCCAGUUCACUUUUGGUCGCCUACGACGCUCGAAAAUUACGGCAGUGCUGUCGUUCUGAUAAUGAAGAUCCCAAUGAUCAGAUGUACUCCAGAGAUAAGUCCGCGUUCUUUCCGUCGACGAGUCGUACCACUUCAGGCCCAAACGUAUCCGAGCAAGUCGCGUUGGUCGCGUCCGUUUCCAACGUAGGAAUCAAGAGAAAUUGGAUGGAGGCGCAGACAAGUAGACCAAUACUCAAAAGGAGCGUAAGUCUCAGCGGAUCCGUGCCGAUAGCGUGUGAGCAGAUAUUGAAUCGGAGCGGAUUUUAUAGUCCAGAUUUUAAGAUAAACCGCCUCUGUCGAUCUUGUCCGAGCCAAUUUUCGCUUCCAUGCACGAAUAACGUCACGAUUAAAGAUAUUCGCAACAUAGAAAACAACUGCAAUUGGGUCAGAGUAAACAUGAUUGAUUUUACACACGUUUUCCCUGCGGAUGACUCCGAUUUGGAUUUUAAUUAUUUGGAAGGUAUCGAGAACUUGAUCAAGCUUUUAAGUACAUUCAUCAAACGUAUUCGAAAACGCGAGCAAGACAACUCUUGUGCAACUAUUGCGCAAUAAAGUUUUCUUAUCAAAGAGAAUAAUGUGUUAUUCGUGAUGAUAUUCCCGGAAGUGAACGAAGAAAAUUGAUUCGGCUAAGAAUAGAAUUGGCGAUGUGUCGGCCUUAUUAUCGAACGAUGGAGAGUAAAAUAAUCAAUAGCGCCAAGAUCUUUGACAAUCGUCAGGUUGAAAAAGGACGCUGUUCACCAAGGAAAACUACGUGGAAAGCUACUGAGCUUUUGGGAGAGAGAGGUAUUGAAAUCUGAAGAAACAUGCGAGCAUCGAAUGUAAACAGAUACAAUCCCCAAAAGACGGAAAUUUUAUAUGGACUUGAGGCGACAUGUUUUUCUCUAAGAUUUCAGCAACACUUACUCGAUAUCGAGCCAAAGAUCGAGUAUGAAAGAGGAUUUUUCUGCCAAAUUUAAAGAGGCAGUCUAAUCUAAUCAAACAGACGAUUAAUUUUGAAUCUAAACAGAUUCCAAAGAGACAAAACGUCUUCUCUAGAAUAUAAUUAAGACUUUUAUACUUUGCCAAAAAAAUUAACACAUUGUAUAAAGUAUCUAAGAAUUUCGUACACAAAUUUCUCCAUAUUUGCCGUAUACAUAAAAAAAUAUGAAAAAUAUGUAAAAAUUCAGUGCCGGUAGAAAAAUGUAAUACAUCUCAUCGUUCAAGUUCAUAUUAUGACGACAAUAAGUCGCACUUUAUAAACACUGUAUUGCGAUGGCAAAGGAUCCUCUAAAAAUGAUGUAUCUUUACUAUUGAAUUUGCCAAGUCACAGAUAAUUUAUAUUGUACGCAUUACGUGAAAGUGCAGAAAUUAUUGUAAGUAUAACACCAGCAAUAAAUCAUUAUGACGUAAAGAAUGAA